AAUCCAUGUUUUGAUACAAAUUGGAAUUCAAAGUGCAAUUUUGAAAUUGUUAUCUAGCAAAAUACGACUGUAAUUAUUAUUGUUCGUUCUAUUCAAACCUAUCAGCAACAUUUUUGGCAAUUUCCAAACUGAUAGCAUAUUUUGGAUGGCAUGGAGCCCAAACUAAUCAAUUCUUAAGUAGAGGCUGAACCACUUUCAAUAUGAAUAUGGAUAAAUUUACAUUAAAUAGGGGGCAGAUGCUUUUAAUCAGUAGUUUUAUAAUAAGGGUGAGAUUUUGGCAAAUGCUGUAAAAAUUUAAAAAACUAUUAGAUUUAAAUCAGAAGGCUGAACAGAUCCAUGUACAACAAUAAUUAUCCUACAAAUUCAAUCACCUAAAGAUCAGGCCACUCCAGGCUCACUCAAUGGAGCGUAAGGCGGUAACCCUUGCCCGUCGGAAGCAAUUUGAUGAAUCUAUUGAAAGUCAUAUGGAGGCAAUCGAGCUUUUCAAAAAAUGUCUGGAAAUUAAAGACAAUAAACAUGCAUUUGAAUGCAUUCAAUUACAGAAAGAAUGGAAUGAGAGGCAAAUAAGCAAUUUACAAAUAAAGAAGAGCUACUUUAAAAGAUUAGAGAAACAACAUUUGGAAUGUGAAAGGGGAUCUUGUACAAAAUAUUCUCAAGGGAUUGAGAACUUGGAGGAUAAGAUAUUUAAGAAUUUUGAGACUCAUGAUUCUCUCAUAUGUUACUUGGCUCAAAAAGGAAUAAUUGAGUCCUUUGAGAGCAACUGCAACUCAAUCCCUAUUAAGGAAGAAAAAGAACCAACUCCCAUUAUUAUUGGGAACAAACAUCCGAAAAAUGAGUCUACAGUUAUUGAAGAACUUAAAGAAUUAAGCGGUCAACUAAGGGAAUCUGUACAAGGAUUACUGACACAAUUAGAUGAUAGAAACAAGGAAAUUGAGCAACUUAAGGAACAAAUAAAGGAUUUGGAGUUGGAGAGGUCUUAUAAAGAAGCUUUUAAGCCGCCAUUGAAAAGUAAAGACUCCAGCUCUAGUGCAUCACCAUCAAUGACGUUUCCAGUAACAACCGAUCACCUCCAUGACGAAAUAGAAAUAAAAAGUUUGCCCCCAUUGGAGGACUUGACCCUACCGGAGAUCGAUAUAGCGGCAUUUAAGGAAUUCCACGUUCCCGAGUUCGAGUUCAAAUUUUUUAAAAAAGAUGAUUGAGACACUCGCGUAAUAUUAAGGUAUAGUGGUAAGAUUCUUUAGGUCUUUAAUGCAACUGACAUAAUAAAUAAGCAAAUACAUAUAAAAAGGGCAUUUCUGCACUUUUUUACAGUAUACAAAAAGGAAUUUGUUCAGUGCAGAAUGACCCCAAAAAGAACUUAGUCGUUCUUAAUAAUUUUAUUCUUCAUGUUCUAGUAACUUGCCAUUCCAUUUUUAGUUGUAUUCCAAUGCAAUUUAAAAUAAUUUUUUUAUUAAGUAAUUAGAUAUAACUAGUGCUUAUGGUUGUAUUCAGUUCACAAUAUUUUAUUAAUGUUUAAUAUAUUUUAUAUGGUGUAAAAUAUGUACCUGUUCAUUAUAUUGAGUUUAAUUUGA